GGUUAAGCAGGAAGGAACUUGAGACUAGAUUCAUUUAAAUAUUCGUUACUCCCACCCCACCCCCUUCUACAGCCUCUUUGAUUCCUGGAGAGCAUUACACGUUAAGUCCCAUCCCAGGCCUCCAGUCACGGCAACCACACGACUCAUUUCCCCUGGAACUGAGGCUACUUACCUGGGCUCCCCACGGAGGGAGAUGAUGCAGGGAGGGGAAUCCCACCUGCUGUGAGUCACCUGCUAGUAUAAAGGGCGGGUCUUACAAUGCAGGGAGCUUAAAAAGAGACUCAGAGACAAGGGGAGAAAAUCUACAGAAAGCAGCUCAGAAACUUGGUGAACGACAGAGGGAACCAAACCAGAGACGCACAGAACAAAGAGAAUCAGGCUCAGAGCAAGGGGAAGUGGACAGAGAUUCCACAGGGACUGCAAGGCACAGAGCCAGCCAGAUCUGAGAAGCAGGCAACGAGAUGCUGGGGAGCAGAGCUGUGCUGCUGCUGCUGCUGCUGCCCUGGAUUGCUCGGGGCCGGGCUGCGGCUGAGGGCAGCAGCCCUGCUUGGGUUCGGGGCCAGCAGCUCUCACAGCAGCUCUGCAUGCUGGCCUGGAGUGCACAUCAACCAAUGGGACAUGUGGAUCUACCAAGAGAAGAAGAUGAUGAGACUACAAAUCAUGUCCCCCAUAUCCAGUGUGAGGAUGGCUGUGAUCCACAAGGACUCAGGGACAACAGUCAGUCCUGCUUGCAAAGGAUCCACCAAGGCUUGGUUUUUUACGAGAAGCUGCUGGGCUCAGAUAUUUUCACAGGGGAGCCUUCUCUACUCCCCGAUGGCCCUGUGGGCCAGCUUCAUGCCUCCCUACUGGGCCUCAGGGAACUCUUGCAGCCCGAGGGUCACCACUGGGAGAUUGAGCAGACUCCAAGCCCCAGUCCCAGCCAGCCGUGGCAGCGCCUCCUUCUCCGCCUCAAGAUCCUUCGCAGCCUCCAGGCCUUUGUGGCUGUAGCUGCCAGGGUCUUUGCCCAUGGAGCAGCAACUCUGAGCCCCUAAGCCAGCAGCUUAAGGAUGGCACCCAGACCUCCACGGCUCAGCAAUGCUAAGAUGAAUUUAUCAGCCUAGACAGCUGUGAGCCAACAAGUUAAUCAGUCCAUUAAUUUUAACAGGACUUGCUCUGUUGAAAAAUUACCAAAACUGACUUAUGAUGCUGACCUAGAACAGGUUGAAUAUUUAUUACAUGGGAAGGGAAAUUUUGGGAUUAUUUAUCAUCGUGGCAGCAGUUUGGAGGGAGGAUUAUUUAUUAUAUUUAUACUGAAUU